UAUGUUUUAGACUGUCUAAAUCUUUUUGAGGUUGAGUAAAUUUAAGAAGGGUAACGAAAUACGACGAUGCUUCAGUUUACACUUUAAUACAUUAACUUAUUUAUAAUUGACAAAACUGAGCAAUAUUAUCUUUGUAAGUAGCAAUUUUGAUACAGCUCUUGCACUAGACAUGACCAGGCGUCAUAAUAUUUACUGUUAUUACAUAUUGACAUGACAGUCUAAGUGUUACCUUUUUAAGAGGAUACAAUACGUUCUGGUCCUGAUGUUGGUGAUACAGGAAGGUGGAGCGUUGACUGUCUUAUCUGUUCCAGAUCUCAAACAGCACCUGUCUGUCCACUCUCAGCCAGCACACCUGUCGAAGGAGGAAAUGACGGACGGAAGCUGCUCUUCACCAAGAGCAAACAAGCGGCCGGUGACCUGGGAGUUUGACAUGUGCGGCAGGUAUUUCAAGCAGGGGAUAAUCUCUCAGCUGCUGCACUGACGAGAGGAGUGGAGAAAUUGUGACGCAGGUGUUCCUAAAAGUGUUGGUGAGUAGACUUGUGUUUACGCUCACCGGCCACAAUUAUAGGUACCUUUGCACUGUCUAAUCAGAUCCAGUACCUUAAUGUUUAUUAUUGUGUUUCCGUUGCAUUACAGUUCUUCAUCGCAACACAGUAAUGUGAUGCAGGGUUUUUUCCAAGCAGCAACACAUCUGUUGAGAGGUUGCAGAUCUGGAAGUAGAGUCAUCUGAGUGCAAGUGUUAUUAUUCGUCCUUCAAUCUGCAACCUUUAAACUCAUCGAACUGUGACCCAUUUUAGGCCACAUAUUCUUUUUCUUAAAUAUAAAGAGUUAGUAUAAAUUAUUUAAUAAAAAUACAACACUCCCCUUUUCCUAAAAAAAUCCUUGCUUUGCUUUUUCUUGUGCUUUUUCUGUGUAUGUUUCCUGUGUGGCUACAUCAUCAUCAUCAUCAACAACAGGUGAAGAAUGGAACAUCCACUAAAGAAGUCUUCAUGUGACAAGACUUGCUGACUGGGCACAAACAUGCAAGUAUAUACGAAAUCAAGUCUGCACAGUUGCGGUGGCAUGGACUAGUCCAAAGCUCAAGAAUGGAGGAUGGAGCUGUGGAAAACAAUCAUGAUUGAACGUUUAAAGCCAUCCCUGCACCUUCGCCGGCCUUUCCUCACACGGGCAUCACUUUUCUCUUCCUCUCCCCCACCAAUGCUUCACACCACCUCUGCCUUGUCGGCUGUGCGUCCCAUGCGAUCGAGGGCUUCACCUGAAAGCAGACGCUACCUGCCAUCCUGUAGGGGGGCGGCGGGUGCCAGAUCACUUCCACGCCAACCUCAAUUCAUCCCGCUGGAGUAAGGAGAGAAAGAAGCCAGCGUGGAGAUAUGAACGACUCUCUGGCGGCGAAUGACUCCUCGGCUGUGGACGCUCUGCCGUGGAUGGAGGCGGAGUCGCCGGGGCUCAACGGCACCCUGGAGUUCUCCACCGCCCCCUUCAUGUUCCCGGUCAACCCGUGGGACAUCAUGCUGUGCAUGUCGGGCACCGUCAUCGCCUGCGAGAACGCCAUCGUGGUGGCCAUCAUCUUCUACACGCCCACGCUUAGGACUCCCAUGUUUGUGCUCAUCGGGAGCCUGGCCACGGCCGACCUGCUGGCCGGCGUGGGAUUAAUCCUCAACUUCGUCUUUCAGUACGUGAUCUCGUCCCAGACUGUGAGUCUUGUGACUGUGGGCUUCUUGGUGGCGUCUUUCACGGCGUCCAUCAUCAGCCUCUUGGCCAUCACCAUCGACCGCUACUUCUCGCUCUACAACGCCCUCACCUACUUCUCAGAGAAGACCCUUCAGUACGUGCACCUGAUGCUGGUGGGCACCUGGGGGGUGUCCCUGUUCCUGGGCCUGCUGCCGGUCCUGGGCUGGAACUGCCUGGACGAGCCGGCCUCUUGCAGCAUCGUGCGACCUUUGACCCGCAGCAACUUGACUCUGCUGGCCGUGUCCUUCUUCGUCAUCUUCAUGCUCAUGCUGACUCUCUACUUUAAGAUCUGCAAGAUCGUGUGCCGCCACGCCCACCAGAUCGCACUGCAGCAGCACUUCUUCGCCACCUCGCACUACGUGGCCACCAAGAAGGGCGUGUCCACGUUGGCCAUCAUCUUGGGGACGUUCGGCGCCAGUUGGCUGCCCUUCGCCAUCUACUGCUUGGUGGGCGAGCGGGAGUACCCGUCAGUGUACACUUACGCCACGCUGCUGCCGGCUACCUACAACUCUAUGAUCAACCCCAUCAUCUACGCUUACAGAAACACAGAAAUCCAGCGCUCCAUCUACAUACUCCUCUGUGGCUGCUUCCGACCCAACGCCGCCUACCGCUCCAGGUCGCCCAGUGAGGUCUGAGCCCACUGGUGCUCCUGUAGGGGGCGCAGAACAAAGUAUCACUUGACCACAUGACUCUCUGAAGACUUCACCAACACAAGCGCUGUCCCAUGUAUUCGGUGCUACCACUUUACAACAAGGCCAGGGCUUAAUACAUUGCCUAGUCAUUAGCUUUACCACAUUAGGUCGUAUUGUUACGAGAAAAAAAUGUGUAACAUUAUUACGUAAAUGAAUUGACGUACUUCAAGGAUAAGGUUUUUAUUGUAAGAAGAACACAGUGGCCAGGUUAAUUUGGAACGUUACGACUACAUGUCGUGAAAUGUACCGCAAUUUACUCGUAAUGUUACGAAAAAGUCGUGGAGUUGUAUUGUUAUGAGGUCAGAGUUGUUGUGGUACGAAAAAAAAGUUGCAAUUUUACAACUUUGAAGUCAUAACGUUCCGAGUAAAUACUUGUAAUUAUGCGAGAAAAGUUGUGACUUAAGUUGAAAUGUUACGAGGAAAAGUACCCUAGUCAUUAGCUUCACCACAUUUGGUCGUAUUGUUACGAGAAAAAAUGUGUAGCAUUAUUACUACUUCAAGGUUUUUAUUGUAAGAAGAACACAGUGGCCAGGUUAAUUUGGAACGUUACGACGACAUCAUGAAAUGUACCGCAGUUUACUCGUAAUGUUACGAAAAAGUAAUGGAGUUGUAAUGUUAUGGGGUCAGAGUUGUGCUACGAAAAAAAAGUUGCAAUUUUACAACUUUGAAGUCAUGACGUUCCGAGGAAAUACUUGUAAUCAUUCGGAACGUUACGACGACAUAUCGUAAAAUGUACCGCAAUUUACUCGUAAUGUUACGAAAAAGUCGUGGAGUUGUUAUGUUAGGGGAUCAGAGUUGUGGUACGAAAAAAAAGUUGCAAUUUUACAACUUUGAAGUCAUGACAUUCCGAGGAAAUACUUGUAGUCAUGCGAGAAAAGUCGCGAAUUAAGUUGAAAUGUUACAAGGAAAAAGUCUCCUCGUCAUUAGCUUUACCACUUAAAGUCGUUUUGUUGCGAGAAAAAAUGUGUAACAUUAUUACGUAAAUUAAUUGAUGUACUUCAAGGAUAAGGCUUUUAUUGUAAGAAGAACACAGUGGCCAGGUUAAUUUAUAACGUUACGACGACAUAUCGUAAAAUGUACCGCAAUUUACUCGUAAUGUUACGAAAAAGUCGUGGAGUUGUAAUGUUAUGGGGUCAGAGUUGUGGGACGAAAAAAAAGUUGCAAUUUUACAACUUUGAAGUCAUGACGUUCCGAGGAAAUACUUGUAAUCAUGCGAGAAAAGUCGCAACUUUAGUUGAAAUGUUACAAUGAAAAAGUCUCCUAGUCAUUAGCUUUACCACUUUAAGUCGUAUUGUUACGAGAAAAAAUGUGUAGCAUUAUUACCUAAAUGAAUUGACGUACUUCAAGGAUGAGGUUUUUAUUGUAAGAAGAACACAGUGGCCAGGUUAAUUUGGAACGUUACGACGACAUCAUGAAAUGUACCGCAGUUUACUCGUAAUGUUACGAAAAAGUCGUGGAGUUGUAAUGUUAUGAGGUCAGAGUUGUAGUACGAAAAAAAAGUUGCAAUUUUACAACUUUGAAGUCAUGACGUUCCGAGGAAAUACUUGUAAUCAUGCGAGAAAAGUCGCGACUUAAGUUGAAAUGUUACAAUGAAAAAGUCUCCUAGUCAUUAGCUUUACCACUUAAAGUCGUAUUGUUGCGAGAAAAAAUGUGUAACAUUAUUACGUAAAUUAAUUGAUGUACUUCAAGGAUAAGGCUUUUAUUGUAAGAAGAACACAGUGGCCAGGUUAAUUUAGAACGUUACGACGACAUAUCGUAAAAUGUACCGCAAUUUACUCGUAAUGUUACGAAAAAGUCGUGGAGCUGUAAUGUCAUGGGGUCAGAGUUGUGGUACGAAAAAAAAGUUGCAAUUUUACAACUUUGAAGUCAUGACGUUCCGAGGAGAUACUUGUAAUCAUGCGAGAAAAGUUGCGACUUAAGUUGAAAUGUUACGAGCAAAAAGUAUCCCAGUCUUUAGCUUCACCACUUUAAGUCGUAUUGUUACGAGAAAAAAUGUGUAGCAUUAUUACGUAAAUGAAUUGACGUACUUCAAGGAUAAGGUUUUUAUUGUAAGAAGAACACAGUGGCCAGGUUAAUUUGGAACGUUACGGCGACAUAUCAUGAAAUGUACAGCAAUUUACUCGUAAUGUUACGAAAAAGUCGUGGAGUUGUAAUGUUAUGAGGUCAGAGUUGUUGUGGUACGAAAAAAAAGUUGCAAUUUUACACCUUUGAAGUCAUAACGUUCCGAGUAAAUAAUGUUACGGGGGAAAAGUCGCAACGUUACGUUACAAGAUAAAGUCGUCAUGCUGCCAAAAAGAAGUCAGAGGCCGUAACGGGAGGACUUUUAAGAUGUUUUGCAAUUUACGCAAAGAAUCUCCAACAUUACGAAAAAAGUUGCACCACUUGAGAUUGAUUUGUAAUAUUGGGUUAAAAACGUUGUGAUGUAACGAGAUUUAAGUCGUAACAUUACCAGAUUCAGGUUAUAAUGUCACGAGUAGCUACAAGAGAAGUCGUAACGUGGCAAGAUUAAUAAGUCAUGCUAUGACACCCGAGUCGUAAUAUUACAGGGCUGAAAUUGUAACGUUGAAGUUUCAUCUUGCACAACAUUGCAACUUUUUUCGUAAAAAAAACCUUGAAAAUUUUAACAUUUCAACUAUUUUAUUGUGUUCCUCCUCAGUACUUGUUCAGGAGCAAUAGAACACAUUUUUUUCUCUCACAUUACGACUUUACAUUUUUUGUUUGUUUGUUCUUUUAAAAAUAAUUGUAGAAGUUUCACAAUUAAAAACAAAAUCUUCAUUAUGACUUUUUUUUUUCUUUUCUCCUCACUUUGUUCUCGCCUAUGUGUAUUGCUAAAACCAAAUGUAUGAUUUACAAAAACAUUACUUGGCUGUAAAGUGGUGCCCAUCCAGUAUCUGCACUUUAACAUUUGUCAACAAACUGAAGAGAGAAACGCUGUGAACAAGAAAAGUCUGUGGAAAAAAAAAAAAAAAACACCUGUGAAUGUACCUAAAAGACAAACGGAAUGGAAAACCUGCACUUUAUUCUAUGUUUAGUGUGUUUGUUUCUAUUUGGGAAUGCCAAAGCAGUAUUGUCUAGUCCAGUCCCUAUUGUAUUGUGAACUGUGUGCCAUUUUUGUAUUUAUUUUGUAUUUGUUUUUGUCUAUGCUGUGUAUUUUC